AUGAGAUGGUUCAUGAAUUUCAUGCUAUUAGCACAGAAAACAAUUAGAAAAAGACGAAGACGAGAAAGAAGCAUGGAGAAGAAGAAGAGAAAGACGAAGACGACAAAGACGAAGACGACGGCAACGACACCACCGAAAUCUUACGUGCCUGAAGAAAUGAUAACUGAAAUUCUUCUAAGUUUACCAGUGAAGUCUCUUAUUCGUUUUAAAUGUGUUUCUAAACCAUGGUUUUCUCUUAUCUCUGAUCCCAAUUUUGCUGAAUCACAUUUUCAACUUACAGCACACACUCGUAAAAUUGAAUUCAUAUCAACUGAGUUACAAAAAACAACAUCUAUAGAUUUCGAAGAACAACUUGUCUUAAGGAAUGCUUCUGUUAAACAGUUCAAUUUUUUGCAUCCCCAACCUGAUUCUCUUAUUCAAAUUAUAAGUUCCUGUAGAGGCUUUAUAUUUUUCAAAUAUUCUUCGAGUUUCUGCAUAUUUAAUCCAUGCACCCAAGUUCACAAACAAAUACCUUUAGCUCCUGGUGAAUUUGAAACAAAUUUAGAGUUACGUGAUUUGUAUUAUCUAUAUGGUUUCGGAUAUGAUCGGUUAAGAGAUGAUUACUUGGUGGUUUCACUGUCCUGUAUUCUAGCCGAGGAAGAUUUUUCACGUUUGGAAUAUUUCUCAUUCAAAGAUAACAAGUGGAAGGAAAUUGAGGAUACUUACUUCCUUUAUACGAAGGACAAGAUUGAACCCAGAGUAGGAUCACUCUAUAACGAUGCUAUUCAUUGGAUUGCUAUACAUUCUGAUUCACUGACUGAAGUUAUUAUCGCAUUUGAUUUAACGGAAAGGAAACUUUUUGAGAUGCCUUAUCCGAAUGGUUUAGGCCAUAAGUCUGAUUAUUGUGAGUUGUGGGUAUUUGGAGAAUUUCUUAGUUUAUGGGCUAAGGAUUGUGAAAAUAAUACAAUUGAAAUAUGGGUGAUGAAAGAAUACAAUAUGCAUUGGUCUUGGAUUAAGGCUAUUGUUCUCCGUAUGAAUAUCCGAUUUUUUAAUGAGUUUUUUCCAUUAUGCUCUACAAAAAAUGGUGAUAUCAUUGGAACAGAUGCGGAGAAUAUGUUGGUGAGAUAUAACAACAAAGGAGAGCUUAUAGAGGGUUCCUCAUACAGAUGCUUUGCAGAUGGUGUAGUUUCAUGUGGAUCCCCAUCGAUAGUGUAUACAGAAUCUUUGCUUUCACUCCCUGGUGAUGACAUGCAAGUUUAUGAAGAUGAUUCUGACUAG